AUGCGUACGGCAGCCCACCUUCUCGCACAAUACCUCGACAGACACGUUAUCAACCAGCGUACCAUGUCACCUGGUUUCAGGAUCCGAGGAGAAGUCGUUGACCACAGCGAGUUCCUGCGGUACUUUCGUCGCAAGAAUAUCAACGAUCCUGUCAACUGGGUCAAACAGCAGAACGACGACUUUGUUUUGAGCGACGAUGUCGAACUUGUCACCGGCACGACGACACCGGAGUCCAAAGCUGCGGACAGUGAUCGACAUGAUGAGGAUGCGAAUGUGGCGGACGCUGGGGAGAACGGCCAAAAGCACGUAUCCCCAGACGUCCAGGCGAAUGAACAUCCUGAGGAGCAGCACCCAUCUUGUGUCGUCCAGACCAGGCGUUACUCGUCCAAUAACCAGGAUCCAAAGACGUUGGCAUGCACCGCAAUACCCACCUUCCUCCGUCCGCAGACCUUUCACUCCCUAGAACAGCUCACCUAUAGCAUGUCCGCGUACAUGUCAUCCUACACCGUCUCCGCCAGAUCACUCACACAUACGGAGCCAGCAGUCCACGCACAUACCGUCCACGCCAUGUUCGCAUCCAGAAUGCAAGAUGGAAUCUCCUUGCUCGCGUUCUCAGCAUCAGGCGUUUCAUACAGCUCAAGAUCGGACAAAGCAUUCGCCAAUUUUCAAAAAGGCUUCGACGUGAUUUCGCAAAUUCUGUCCAACGACCACCCAAUGAGUCUAUCUCUUAUGCUCACCAUCAUAUGCGAAUUGUCACGACACGAACACACGGCGCUCAAAGGUCUCAAGACCCAACUUCUCCAAUACACGGCCGAAAUGUCGAGACUCGUCCUCGGUCCGACGCAUGCCCUGAGCAUAUACUUUUCCAUCCUUAUCCAACAACUCGUCACCUCCGAUCUGUUCAAUCUGAUCAAUCUGGUUCUCACCAGUCUAAGACUAGCCACGGCACAUCUUUCUACGCACAAUCCCUACGACUGGAAGACGCUCUAUCUCCAAGAACGACUGUGCGACGGCCUCUACCACUCCGGAACGGAAUUCCAAUCCGAACGCUCUCUCAUGCGUGCCAGGCUGUUGGCCGACCAGGAAUGCGUGUAUGGACUGAACGCGCGUAAUGUCCUCUGGACGCUGACCAAUGUCGCGGAUGAUGCCCUCGAGCAGGACCGGGUCGAUACAGCCAUGGAAUACUUUCGACAAGCACUGGAGCGGGCUGACACUUCGGAGGGGUUUGGCCGCGCCAAAACUAGAUUCGCUGCGCUCGAGGGCUUAGGGAGGUGUGAGGUGAGAAAAGCUGAGCUAGCGGAAGAGGCUGAACUUCGAGCUCGAACGGCGGCAGACCGUAGCGCGACUCGUGAUAUGCAGCAUGUGUCGAACAUACUGCAUUUAGGCCCCAAGAGUACCACGACGUGCUGCAAUGGUUCAUGCCAUUCGAGCACAAGCACUUCAACGUCGAAUGGCAGCAGCAGUCAAGGCACAGGACAGUCAACGCCAAUUUCGUCCUCAUCAUCGAAGUCGCAGCUCAGCCAACGAGAGAAACAUCUUCAGAAAGCGUUGGCACAUUUCACCGACGCCGAAACCGAGGCGAGUCUGUGGUUCGAGGAGCCCAGCAGACGGACGACUAGAGUCAGGCAACGGAUCGAGCAGGUCAAGAGUUUGCUUGGUCUGGUCGGGACUACGGCUGAUGGCGACAGCGAUGUUUCUGUCUGA